AUGUCUAAUUUAAUAGAAUUGCAAAAAAAUUACGUACUGAACAUAUUAGAUGAAAUCCAGACGGUUCAUAAUAUCAAAUUUUUGGUAAUUGACAAAACAGUAGAAACUAUUUUCCAAUAUUUGUUUAAGGAUUCCCGUGAACUGUUAAAUCAUGUCACUACAGUUGAUCGAAUUGACUCUCCAACAAGAAAGGGACAAAGUGAUGUAGAAGUCAUCUAUAUGGUUCAAGAAAGUAAAUUUAAUAUGAAUUGUAUGGAUGCAGAUUUUGCCGGUGGUAUUAAUAAAUAUAAGAGUGCCUAUGUUAGAUUCAUAGCAUCUCCAGGUGAUUAUCUAGUUAAAUACUUUAAUGAUUUGAGAUAUUUACCCCAAUAUUUAAAUGAUGUUAGAGAGAUCAAAAUUGGGUUUAUACCAAAGGAAUCUCAAUUUUUCCAGACUAUUGAUAUUGAUAAACCUUUGCAAAUAUUUUAUAAUCAAAAUUGUCAUGAUUUGAUCGAGAAAAAUUUGAAAAGAACACUUGAAUCUUUAUUAAACCUUUGUAUUAUUACUGGAGAAUAUCCGAUAAUUAGAUAUUCAAAAGCUACACAGAGUCAGUUAGAUGUAACUCCAGCAGCAAAAUUGGCAGAGAAGUUGGCGUUUAUGUUUCAACAAUAUUUAGAUGCAUAUGCAAGGGAACAUGAAGAUUUCCCACCUCCUUCAAAUAGACCACGUGCCAUUAUGCUCAUCACUGACAGGAGCUUGGAUCCAUUUAGCCUAUUUAUACAUGAUUUUGCAUAUCAACCUAUGGUAUAUGACUUAUCUGAACAUCUUGAUCUAAAAACGGGAGAAUAUAAAUAUCAAGCAGAAAAUGAAUUGGGUGAAAUGGAAGAUAAAAGUUCUAAAUUGUGUGAUUUACUAGACCCUGAUUGGAUAGAGCUGAGACAUCAGCAUAUAGUCAAUGCUAAUGAGUACCUAGGUGGGAAAAUUAAAGAAAUGAUAGCCCGAAAUCCGUUGCUUGUUGAUAGAUCUAAAAUUAAAAACACAUCAGAUCUAUUAAGUGUAGUGGCACAUUUAAAAGAUUUCGAUGAGGAAAGAAGAAGAAUGAUUCUUCACAAAACUUUAAUUGAAGAAUGUUUAAUGAUUAACCAUGAAAGAUCUUUAGCAGAUCUAUCAGAUUUAGAACAAACUUUAGCAUCUUUUGGUAUAGACAUGGAUGGACAAAAAGUGAAGCAUAUAACAGAUCAAUUUUUGGAACUUUUAUUAAACAAGAAAGCUAAUAAAUUUGAUAAAAUUAGAUACAUUUUGAUAUAUUCACUUUAUCGUGGUGGUAUAAUUGAACAAGAUUUAAUCAAAUUACUAAAUUUUACUGGGAUCAGUAACGAAGAUGAAAUGUUUAAUCGCGUGAUUAAUAUUUUUAAAAAUUUCUCUCAUCUAGCAUUUAAAUUAAUUAAAAAUAAUACUGGUGAUAAGCCCUUUGACAAAGAAUGGUUCCAUGAUAGUAUUGUCAAAGAUCCCACCAUUUUCAAUUCUUCCAGAUUUAUUCCUGCCACAGGUAGUAUAUUAUCCAAGGUCAUCACUAACCCGUUAUUAUUAAACGAGGAAUUUUUUCCCUUUGUUAAAGAUAAACCAAUCGAAUUAUUAAAUGAAGACGAGAUAGAAAUUUUUAGUCAAACUGCAAGAGUCCAAAGUUCAACGUCGUUAAGAAAUCAAAGACAUAAAGCAUCAUGGACGAAAUCUGGUGUAACUUUACCAAUUAAAGAAAACAGACAGAGGUUUUUCUAUUAUUGCAUUGGUGGAAUUACGUUCACUGAAAUUAAAUCAGCUUAUGAUCAAUCAAAUUUAAAAGAUAAAGAUGUUUUUAUUGGUAGUGAUGGAGUUUUGACACCAUUAGCUGCCAUGGCAAGCAUUGAAUAUCUAACAAAACCACGUGGUUUUUUCAAAUUCAAUGAUGAUAAAAAGGAGGAUGCUACUGUACCAGAUUAUUUGUUAAAGGAAUUGAAUCCUGUAUCUCAACCUAUUUCACAUAUUCAUUAUCAAAGCAAGAAUGCACCAACUAGGACUCAAGUAUCCACUGCACAAAAUAAACCACAACCUACAACAACCACCCCUGAUGAUAACGAUAGUAAAAAGAAGAAAAAAAAUAAAUUCACUAGAUUUUUGAAGAGAGACAAAAAGUAA